AUGUCGCCGUUGCCGAAGAGCGAGGCGAGGGGCUCCGGUGGCCUCCCGGUGUACGGCUUGGCGUCCUCAUGCGGCCGGAGGAGGGACAUGGAAGAUGCGGUGUCCGUGCAGCCGGAGUUCCUCCGACAAGGCUGCGUGGGCGAAGCCGGUCUCCAUUUCUUCGGGGUAUACGACGGGCACGGCUGCUCACAUGUAAGCAAGAGACCUCCUCGUCGAAUAGGAGGAAUAUCUAGGUCUUCGUCCCCGGCCACCGGGAUAAUUCUCCUCAUGUUCUCGGACUUUCGCAGGUAGCGGAGGCGUGUAAGGAGAGGAUGCACGAGCUGGUGGCGGAGGAGCUGGCGGGUCUCCGUCACCCCGUCGGCGCGGAGACGGAAUGGAAGGCGGUCAUGGAGAGGAGCUUCGCUCGCACGGAGGAGGAGCUGUUGGAGCGUUGCAAUGGCGCCCCGCGAAGCGCUACGUGCCGGUGCGAGAUGCAGGCCCCUGACUGCCUCCGCGUGGGCUCAACGGCCGUGGUGGCCGUCGUUACUCCCGAUCGCGUUGUCGUCGCCAACUGCGGCGACUCCCGCGCCGUGCUCUGCCGGAAUGGCGUCGCUUUCCCCCUCUCCUCCGACCACAAGGUAAGAAACCGCGCAAGCAAGCACCCGCCCCCUGCCGGCAAUAGCCGUGCUCACGCAUCUAUCUGAUCAUUUACGUGCUGACUGCAGCCCGAGAGGCCGGACGAGUUAAAGAGGAUUCAGGCGGCGGGAGGACAGGUGAUAUACUGGGACUGCCCCAGGGUUCUCGGGGUGCUCUCCAUGUCGAGGGCCAUCGGUAAGCUUCUUCUACCUGAAGGCGCCGCGAAGUCGCCAUAGCCAAUGAAUGUCCACGGCUAAUGAAUGUGCCUGCGUAACCACAUUCAGGCGACCAUUACCUGAAGCCGUACGUCACGUCGGAGCCGGAGGUGACGGCGAUCCAGAGGAUGGAGGAGGACGAGUUCCUGAUCCUGGCGAGCGACGGCCUAUGGGACGUGGUGCCCAACGGCCUCGCCUGCAAGGUGGCAAGGAUGUGCCUGCGCGGCACCGCGCCGCCGCUCUCCCUCGGGCCAGGCGCAGCAGAAACAGGAGAGGGACGCGCUGGGGGUUCCGACAGGGCGUGCUUCGAAGCCGCGCUGCUUCUAACGAAGCUCGCCGAGGUCCGUCAGAGCGCGGACAACGUCAGCGUGGUGGUUGUCGACCUUCGGACGACCAGCUCCCCGCGCCCGCCUUCCACGAGGAAGAAGAAAGCGGUGUAA